GGUGUUCUCUCCAACAUCUCGUCCAUCACAGACCUGGGGGGCUUUGACCCCGUCUGGCUUUUCCUGGUGACGGGAGGGGUCAUGUUCAUCCUGGGCUUUGCCGGCUGCAUCGGAGCGCUGAGGGAAAACACCUUCCUGCUCAAGUUUGUAUGUCCACAAUCUUCUUACUCCCACUCGGCUCCCCCCUUAGACAUGGACAUAAACACAUAUAUGAAUAUACACUCCCCUCCAUAUUUAUUUAAUUUGGCUCUAUACUCCAGCAGUUGGGAUUUGAGAUCAAAUCUUUCAUAUGAGGUGACAGUCAUACAUGUAGUCCCUCCUUUUGAAGGUUUAAUAAGUAUUUGGACUAAUUCACUUAUAUUGUAUUAAAGUAGUCAAAAGUUUAGUAUUUGGUCCCAUACAUCAAGCUUGUGACUGCAAACUUGUUGGAUGCAUUUGCAGUUUGUUUUGGUUGUGUUUCGGAUUAUGUUGUGCCCAAUAGGAACUGAAUGGUGAAUAAUGUAUUGUGUCAUUUUGGAGUCACAAACUAAAGGUUUUUGCUUCACUGUCUAAAUAAAUACAGAGGGGAGUGUAUAUGUCUUUGUCCAUGAAAAGCGCCAUAUAAAACCUAUGCAUUAUUAGUAUUAUCAUUAUAUGUCUUUAUAUACAUCAUUGACUCCACCUUGAACUCCCACUCUCUCCCCAGACCCAUGGGGACAGUUUCCUGGACUCAAAUUAAGCCUAUUCCGGGACUGUCCCACACUAUAGUCCAUGAUGAGUAGGCUUAAUCUGAGUCUAGGAGACCCGCCCUCUAUGUCCCCUCUAUGACAGAAUUACAGAACAUCCUCUGCUUAGCUGAUUAAUCAGGUGUGUUAGUGCUGGGCUAGAACAAAAAUAUACACCCCUUGGAUCCAUCUAGAUCCCCCAGGAAUGGAAACACUUAAUCCCAGCUUUGUCGUAUGUUUGUUUGCUCACAUGACCCCUCUUUACUCCCCCUGUUCUGUUCCAGUUCUCUGUGUUCCUGGGGAUCAUCUUCUUCCUGGAGCUGACAGCUGGAGUGUUGGCCUUCACCUUCAAGGACUGGAUCAAGGACCAGCUCAACUUCUUCAUCAAUAAUAACAUCCGGGCGUAC